AUGGAUCUAAUUCUUCCAUUUAAAAUUGGAGAUUUUGCCAAGGCAAAGUGCUUUGAUGAAGGUUUCAAAGGCGCAUGGUUCCGCUCGAAGAUAAAAGAUAUGCGUGUCACAGAAUCUGGGCAUCUGGAGUAUUACUUGGAGUAUAUUGACUAUACUGAAGAAGGUAAGCCCAACGAAUGGAUUGGAGUCUUCCAAAAGAACCCAUUCAACCAGGCAUGCCUGGAAGGGAAAUCAAAUGGCAGUACUGAAAUAAUGUUGCGUCCUUCCUUUCCUCAGUGGUAUAGGGGGCAACAGGUUCCUAAGCACUUUUCAAAGAGCGAGGUGAUAGCACGUGUUUGUGAUACCUGGAAAGUAGGUGAUUGGGUUGACUGGCAUAAUAAAGAUUGUUACUGGACUGGGCAGAUUAUUGAGUUGACCAGUAAAACUGUGGUUGAGCCAACAUUAUCAGAGACAAUAACUCGCAUUUUCCUGCUUGACAUUUUUCUACAGGUAAAGUUCUUGGAUCAUCCCAUGGGUGAAGGCGAGCAAUGUUCUGCAAAGAAAAAGGACCUGAGGCCUGCGCUUGAUUGGUCCAUCAUUAAAGGCUGGACCGUACCUCUUUCGGCGACAUCUUAUAGUGUAUCUAUUUAUGGUCAGGCAAAAGGGAAAAGCUGGCAUGCUGCUCAUCUGGUUCAUCCUAAAUCUGAUGUAGAAGAGAGGAGCAGCACAGAUGAAGAUGAAGCUCUGGGAUCUUCAUCAACCAUCAAAACACAUUCGUCGGAGAGAAACAUCGUAUCUAAUAAGCUAAGCAAUAAGAGGAGCACCAUCCUGACAUCCACGGAAAAAGCGAUGGCGACACACAUAUCACCAGACCCCAAUCGACGGCGUACCCGCAGUUCCUGUGGGCUACUGGUAUCUCCAUUGGAGCCUGCCACCGUCGAACUGAAUGGAAGCGGUUCCCGCCGGUACCCCUUUCGGGUCCGGAGGAACGCAGCAGAACAACAGAGAUGA